GUGGCAAUGGUGGAGCAUUUGGAGGAGGAUACGGCGGUGGUUUUGGAGGUGGAAAAGGAUGGGGAAAGCAAGGUGGCUUCAACGCAGGAUGGGGAAGCUCAGAACCUCCAAAGCGCAUCGGUUUUUCUAACGGACAAUCUGGCAACCAAGCAGCGCCAUGGAAUGCACAACUAGAACCCUACGUAAAUGUUACCGGGGAACUCUGUAAGAGAGUCGUCAUAUACCUACCUAAUGCUGUCAAAGAACGAAUGAUGCAACUAGAAGGUGGAGAGUUGGAUGAUGUGCCGGCUACUUCUGCAAUCCCGGUGGAACGCAUGAACGCAGAAAAGUGGGCUAAAGUCGUUGUGUCUAUUGAUACUCUGGACAAGGAUAAACAGGACGACUUCUUCAAGAUGGUCGAGACAUACGUGAAGAAUAAAAGGAUUAAGC